GUGGCAGCCCCAGCCCGGCCCCCACCUUUUCUUGGGCUCAUAGGACGGUGGACGUGGGCUCGGGGAGACAAGUGAUAUGUUGAACUGUCUGGUGGCUGGAAUUGACUGCUCCCAGAGUGACCUAAGGACAGUGUUCAGCACGGUUUAGCCAGGGGCCAGCUGAGCAGGCACAGAUGCUCCGCUGGGAAAUGCCACGCAGGCAGAGACUGACAAGCAGUAGGAGCUGAGCUUUCCCCUCUUGGACUGCUGUUUCCUGCUGUGUUCAGGGGAGGGGGCAUUUCUGGCAACUCUGCUGCCGCUGCUGCUACUUCAGCUCUCUCUCCGCUCAAGGUAAGCAGGCUCCAAGGGAGGGUAGGCAGCAAGCAAAGCCUCUGCACCAUGAACAAGAUUCGAAAGUUUUUCCGAGGAAGUGGGCGAGUCCUGGCAUUUAUAUUUGUCGCUUCUGUCAUCUGGCUGCUCUUUGACAUGGCAGCUCUCCGCCUGUCAUUCAGUGAGAUCAACACUCGGGUCCUCAAGGAAGACAUCGUCAGGAGGGAGCGGGUAGGAUUCCGAGUUCAGCCAGACCAAAUGAAGAUCCUUUACAGCAGCAUAAAAGAGAUGAAGCCCCCACUGAGGGGACACGGGAGGGGCAUAUGGGGUAAAGAGAACUUUAGAAAAACUGAGAAGAGUAUGGUCAAGGUUGAGGAUGACUUGGACCAAACCCAGAAGGAAAGAAAAAUGUACAACGCCCCAGGAAGGGGCAAGGUUGCCCCUUUGUGGCAUCCUGAGUACCUACAGACCCUUCCAGUGACUUUUACCAAGCAGAACACAGAGAGGCAGGACCUCAGACCUGAAGCCUACUCUCACCGCUUGGCAAAGCAAAUGAGAACUCAGGGGGCUCAGAAAACCCCAUUCAUAGCUGCAAGAGAAACUCAUUUGGCCAAAAUAUCUGUACACGCGGGACCUGUCGGUGUAAACCAGGAAGCCCGGAAGAGUCAUGGUCUCGGCAGUGACACAUCAAAACAAGCAGCCGAAAGAAAUCCAAAUGUGACCAUCAGACCUAAUACUGACGGAUCAAAGCAGCAAUCACAGGCAGUAGCAAAUGAGAGGACACACCCUGCCGGCCCACUGUUGCCAAAAUCUAGGGAAGCCAUAGCCUUAAAUAAAACUGAGACUCAGAGCAGAGAACUAGAUUCAAAUAAACACGGAGCCAAUAAGAGCCUUCCCUUUUCCAAGUUUAUUGCCAACUCAAAUCGCUCAAAGAAGCAAUCUAUUAACGAAGUACUAUUGGGAGGCUUGCCAAAGGAUGAUGGAGCCAAAGUGGCUGGUGGGAAGAAAUUCAGUUUCUCUGAAAGCCACGUUGUGAUUAUAACCAAGGAGGAGGAGCUCCAGACAGACUCCAAACAGGCCCCCAGUCUUAAAAACAAAACUGUACUCCCUAUUAUUUUGGGUGAAAGCCGAGGGAAACACAUUUCUGGGAAUAGAAGUGAAACAUCUUUCCCCACACUUGCUCCACAGAGAGCAGUGGUAUCUCAGUCUCAUCAAGCCUUAGCUGAAGGGCUAGAGCCAGCAAGAAUCAACUUGACUGCCAAGGCCCAACCUCCAGAACUCAACCAAAGUCACAUAAAAGCCUUGUUACCUGAAGAACAUGGAAUGCACCAUGUGUUAAGAAUUGAUGUGACACUUUCUCCAAGGGACCCCAAAGCUCCAGGCCAAUUUGGACGGCCUGUAGUGGUUCCCCGUGGAAAGGAGAGGGAGGCAGAAAGAAGAUGGAAAGAAGGAAACUUCAAUGUCUACCUCAGCGAUUUGAUCCCAGUGGACAGAGCCAUUGAAGACACAAGACCUGUUGGGUGUGCAGAGCAGCUCGUUCACAAUAACCUCCCGACCACCAGUGUCAUCAUGUGCUUUGUGGAUGAAGUGUGGUCCACUCUCCUGAGGUCUGUUCACAGUGUCCUUAAUCGCUCUCCUCCACAUCUCAUCAAGGAGAUUCUGCUGGUGGAUGACUUCAGCACCAAAGACUACCUAAAAGGUAAUUUGGAUAAAUACAUGUCUCAGUUUCCAAAAGUUCGGAUUCUUCGUCUCAAAGAGAGACAUGGCUUAAUAAGAGCCAGGCUGGCGGGAGCACAGAAUGCAACAGGUGAUGUGUUGACGUUCUUAGAUUCUCACGUGGAAUGUAAUGUUGGUUGGUUGGAACCUCUUCUGGAAAGAGUUUAUUUAAGUAGAAAGAAAGUAGCCUGUCCAGUAAUUGAAGUCAUCAAUGAUAAGGAUAUGAGUUACAUGACAGUAGACAACUUUCAAAGAGGUAUCUUUGUGUGGCCCAUGAACUUUGGUUGGAGAACAAUUCCUCCAGACAUUGUUGUAAAAAACAGAAUUAAAGAAACAGAUAUAAUAAGGUGCCCCGUCAUGGCAGGUGGAUUGUUUUCUAUUGAUAAAAAUUACUUUUUUGAACUUGGAACAUAUGACCCUGGGCUUGAUGUCUGGGGUGGAGAAAAUAUGGAGCUCUCCUUCAAGGUGUGGAUGUGUGGUGGUGAAAUUGAAAUCAUUCCCUGCUCCCGAGUGGGCCACAUAUUCAGAAAUGACAAUCCAUACUCCUUCCCCAAAGACCGGAUGAAGACAGUAGAACGGAACUUGGUGCGGGUUGCUGAGGUCUGGCUCGAUGAAUACAAGGAGCUAUUCUAUGGCCAUGGGGACCACCUCAUAGACCAAGGGUUAGAUGUUGGAAACCUCACCGAGCAACGGGAACUUCGAAAGAAACUAAAAUGCAAAAGUUUCAAAUGGUACUUGGAGAAUGUUUUUCCUGAUUUGAAGGCUCCCAUUGUGAGGGCUAAGGGUGUGCUUAUUAAUGUGGCCUUGGGCAAAUGCAUUUCCAUUGAAAACACCACAGCCACUUUGGAAGACUGUGAUGCGAGCAGCAAGCUUCAACAAUUCAAUUACACCUGGCUAAGACUUAUUAAACAUGGAGAGUGGUGCUUAGCUCCUGUCCCUGAAACUGGGGCCCUGAGGCUGCACCCUUGUGAUAACAGAAACAAAGGGCUAAGAUGGCUGCAUAAAUCAACAUCAGUCUUCCAACCAGAGCUGGUGAAUCACAUUGUUUUUGGGAACUAUCAUCAGUUGUUAUGCUUAGAAGGAAAUGUUUCUCAGAAGACCCUGAAAGUUGCUGCUUGUGACCCAGAGAAGCAAUACCAAAAGUGGAAAUUUGAAAAAUAUUAUGAAGACUAAAGAACAACGAAUAUUUUUUAUCUAGUAAACCCAUUAGACACUGUGAAAAUGACAGUGGACAUAGGGACUGUAUUUAUCCAUGGUAGUUUACAUUUUCAAAAUUAAUGGCAUUUGAAUAGGAGAUUUAAAAACCCGCAAUAUUUGAGAAACAAAAAGUGAGCUCAGGGAAACAACCUAACAUUGAACUGGAGUCUGUCUUCAGCUCCAGGUGGCCUUUUGAAUUGCAUGCUUCCUGCCCCAUGCUGGAUGGACCUCAGCCUGCAAACUUCCCCAUGCAAUCAAACAAUCAAACAGGUAACAGGAAAUACAGGAAAUGAAGCCAAAAGUACUUAAGGAAAUACAAUGAUAUUCAUGAUGACUGAGUUGGAUAAUAACCCGCUCUUUUGGCCCAUAAGUAGGUAUAAUCAAUGAGAACCUAUUCUUUUAUUUGCUUUUUUAAAUUUUUAAUUAAAAAAAAAAGUUACUUGAGUUCCUAUGGCAAAAAGAACUCAGAAACACACAGCUGUCAUCUUGGUGAAGUCCCUCCCAGCGACACGCCUGCGCACCUAACAGUUUGAAUGAGUAUUGGUUAUCAUACUACUCAAUGGUAGGACUUUGAUCUAGAUGACUACAUAAUGGUUUUUGGUUUUUGUUUUUUGUUUCCCAAUCUGAGUCAGUGGGAAAAAACUUUAAGUGAGGAAGUCAAAUGUUUAUUCAGUUCCAGAUAUGGACAUUGUUUCAAUUCAUUUUGUGCUUUUAAAGCUACACUUUUAAGAAACGGUCAUACUAGUAACUUCCAAGACUUAGGUGGACAUUUAAAAAAGAAAAAAGAAAAAAAAAAAAAGCAAGGAGAAAGAGGCUAGGCCAUAAGGCACUGUAGUCACCAAAAAGGCACCAAAAAUACACUAAUUGCACUGUAAUGUAAGACCAAAUAAAAGGAGCUGAAACGAAUAAAGCAGCGACAGAGCACUAACAAUUACUAAAGAUUUAUACAAAAUAAGACUUUAGAUUUAACAGCAUUCACAAGGAUGAAAUAUGCUAAAAGUAAGCUCUAAAAGAUUUCAAAGUAGGAAUAAAAUGAAGUAAACAUAAUGAAAGGGGAAGAGAAUGAGGUAAGAAACCCUCUGGAAGAGAGUUAAGAAAAAAAUUGACGUAGUCUUGCCAGAAAAGAAAAGGAAUCUGGCACCUCUGUGGGGUGGGGCUGGGAGAUAAGGCCAUAGGUGUGGGUCUAAUGAUAACAUUGAUAAAAUCUGAGGAAACAAUAUUUCAUCAAUCCACAUUGAAUUCCUAACCUUACAUAUGCCAGUAUUUAGGCAUACCAAAAGAGAGUCUAGAAAUCCUAACAUCCUUUAUAUUCAUUUUUUGUAAGAAAACUGAUGCCCGGAAAACAUAUUACAUAAGAGUCCCACACCAGUUAGAGAUGAGAAUUCGAAUUUGGAUCCCUAGAGACAGGGCUCAGUUCACUGCCCCAGGCCGCUGGCCUAAACAAAUCUGUUCCACAGCAUUCUUAAGAAAGAGAGACAUAAACGUUUUUGCUGGGGUUGGGUGUCUGGAGGAAAACCGUGCUAUAUGCUUGUUAAUAUAAAAAUGAAGCUUUGUUCAAUUGAGCUGGUGGUUCAACUGGGCAUCUUUAGUUCUGACUUCCUAUUUAAAAUUUAAUUUUAUCUCCCAAUUAAUUGCACAAAAGCAGAGCUAUAGCUAUGACUCAGAAGGGGAAAGAGUUCUGCCUAUUUGCAUCAUAUUUAAGAUGUUUUAUUUAGAUAAUUGACAUUGCAGAUGAGAUAAGAGAAUGACUAGAAAAUGAGAUAAUUCUUUUCAAAACAGAGCCAUAUGGGGGAUAAAACACAAGUCAGUUGCCAAAGGACUAACUGAAUUGCUGACCAAACUGAAUGUGCUGAGUGCCUCAUACAAUUCUUUGUGUAACUGCAAAAAUGUUGAAAGGUUUUUUUGCCCCCUGUCUGAAGACGCUUUUUAUUCAAAAACAGUUUCCACAAAACACAUCAAGUCUGUUCAGAAAAAGACAAAUUAUGGUUCAGAAACACUUACCUCGGGACAUAGCAAUAAAAGAAAUUAAAAUGUUUUCACAAAAAAAAACUUCUACAGUCUGUUGUUCAGAGCGUGCUCUUCCUGACUUCACCUUGACUUAAUACAAAGCUAUAUGGUUGUCAAUAUAGCAAAGGAUUGUUUCCAUACAUGACAUGUUUGUUCUUGGAAAAAAUUUUUAAAAAGAGCUUUUUCCUUGUAUUUGCUCAACUACUCUAAGAUGCAAGGAACUAAUCACUAAUUGGAAAUCUUAUAGACCUAAACGUCAGAGUAUUGACUAAUUGUGAAAUCUCCUACCAACACUAUUUUAAGCAUUACCCUCAAUAUUUUGUUUUCAGAAGACUAAAAUAAAAUCGUAAAUGCUACUAGGCCUCUGGUACUUCUAGUGAGAAACCCCUGAGUGGGACACAUUAGGGUCCUAGUCAACCCUAAAUUCUUUUACUUUUUUUUUUUUUAGAUUUUUUUUUUUUUUAAUUUAUUUGACAC